AUGCCGGAACAAAACCAAAGCGACGCCGACUUGACGCGCUAUGCGAUGGACUCGUACAUCGCUGACGUGUCGACGACGGCCGGCCAUACGUCGAUUAUGUUCACCCUCAAGGAGGAGCCGGGUGCCUUGGCUGAGACGCUGAAGAUUUUUCAGGACCGGAAAGUGAACUUGACGCACAUCGAAUCGAGGCCGUCGAAGACGCACAAGGGCAGCUACGAUAUUCUGGUGGAAUGCGCGCCGGAAGCCGAUCAAAAAGCUGUGGAGGGGAUUAUCCAGAUGUUCAAGAAAAAGGCGGAAACCAUGUUCGUCCAGGACUACAACACCAACAGCAAGCAGAACAUGGAGUCCGUCCCCUGGUACCCGAAAAAGAUCAACGACCUCGACCAGUUCGCCAACCGGAUCCUGAGCUAUGGAGCAGAAUUGGACUCGGACCAUCCGGGCUUCCGCGACGAGGUCUACCGUAAGCGCCGCAAGGAAUUUGCCGACAUCGCUUUCAACUACAAGCACGGUGAAAAGAUCCCGAAGGUCGUCUACACCGACGAGGAGGUGGCCACGUGGCGUACGGUCUACAACGAGCUGGUCAGCUUGUAUCUGAAAUACGCGUGCGCCGAGUUCAACUACGUGUUCCCGUUGCUGGAGCAGAAUUGUGGAUACAGCCCGGAUACCAUACCGCAACUCCAGGAUAUAUCGGAAUUUUUGAAGACCUGCACCGGCUUCUGCCUCCGCCCUGUAGCUGGACUCCUCUCGUCGCGUGACUUCUUGGCUGGCCUCGCCUUCCGUGUCUUCCACUCCACCCAAUACAUCCGCCACCACUCGUGCCCCAACUACACACCGGAACCCGAUAUCUGCCAUGAACUGCUCGGCCAUGUGCCGCUCUUUGCCGAUAUGGAAUUUGCCCAAUUCUCGCAGGAGAUCGGGCUCGCCUCGCUCGGAGCAUCAGAUGAAGCUAUCGAAAAGCUGGCAACCCUCUACUGGUUCACCGUCGAGUUCGGGCUGUGCCUACAAAACGGGGAGAAGAAGGCGUUCGGCGCCGGGUUGUUGAGCUCUUUCGGGGAGUUGCAGUACAGCGUCUCCGACAAGCCGGAAGUGCUUCCCUUCGAGCCGUCGGUGACCUCGGUGACAAAGUAUCCGAUCACGGAAUAUCAGCCCCGAUAUUUCCUCGCCGACUCGUUCACCUCGGCCAAAAACAAGCUGAAGGCUUGGGCCUCCGCCAACAUCGAUCGCCCCUUCCAAGUUCGCUACAACGCCUACACGAUGACGAUCGAGACGCUCGAUCAUGCGGCUGGGAUCCAGAGGCUUGCCAAGGAAAUCAAAGCCGAAAUGACUACCCUCGAGGAGGCUAUCGGCAAGCUGAAGGCGCAU